AUUGUUUUGAACGAAAUGAGGCGGAUCGAGUGUGCGUUUUGAAAAUUUCGAGUCGACUUAUUCCAGGCAUACAAGUCCCGGGAAUUUUUCAAAUAUUGCAGUACUGAGCAAGCGAUGGAAUUCUCGCUUCCGGAAUUUUUCAUUUUCUGCGGCAGCACCAUUCUCAUAGCGAUGCUCCUGAUGGAGGUGCUGGACUGGUCGUGUCUCAUGGCGUCCCUGGACUGUCCGGAAGCCAAAGCCGUCGCCCAGCCGUUUCUCUACGGCGAUGCCAGUGGCGUCGAGUCCUGGAGCUGUGCUUACCCCGAAGCUCGCGGUCGCGAACAGUCGCCCAUAAACAUCGUCACUCGCGAAGCCACAGUUCUAGCGCCAGCUAAACCGCUGAAGUGGCAAGGGUAUCGGGACGAGCCACUCGGCGCCAGUCUGCUCAAUGACGGAAACACCGUCGUGCUGUUCGGCUUCUGGUCUUGCGGGACUCGACCUCAACUGUCAGGUGGUCCUCUGUCCUGUGCUUACGAAUUUCGCUCGGCGGCCUUUCGUUGGGGGCCAUCGGAUGACGAGGGUAGCGAGCACAGCCUCGACUACGUUCGCUACCCUAUGGAACUCCAGGUUCUUCACGCCAAACCUGGCCUCGAGUGCAAAGCUCGCGAUUCGCUGGCUAUAGUCUCCUACUUUUUCCAGAUAACCAACGUCGACAAUCCCUACCUGGACCACGUGGUGCAGAACCUCUGGCGAAUCACGAGUCCGGGUGCAAACUACCACGUGCCGGCAUUUCCUCUCGAGUGGCUGUUCCCGAGCUUCGAACGCAGAUACUACUCGUACUCAGGCUCGCUGACCCAACCGCCCUGCAGCCAGGUCGCGACUUGGAUCAUUCAGCCCGAACCUUUGGCCAUCUCCACGGCUCAGAUGGCGAAGUUCCGACAGAUCUGCUCGGUGGAAGGUCCGAUUCUGUCGAACUCGAGGCCGGUUCAGAAGCUCAACGACCGUGAGGUUUUCUACUACGCUUGAGUAAACGAGAAGCCGAGAGGGUUUAAUACUCCACAGAGAACAAUAUAUCUUUAUUUGCACAUAAUUUUUUACAUUUUCGUACGGUUAAGACGGGGCGAGGCCGCUUCGGCGCCCGUCGCUUGGCACAGUUUUUUUAUUCUCUAAUUUACAUCACAUAUUCUAUGAGUAGAUACACACACAUGGACGACUCGUUUGACACCUCUCUCGUGGACGACGUCACUGUCUCUUUAUUUUCUAUCCUUAUAUUUUGCAUGUACUUUUAUACUUUUCGUCUCUUAUAUUCUGCUUUUAUAUAAUAUCUGUUGCUCUUUUUUAUAUAAUAUAUUCGUUUUCAUCUUAUAUCCUCGACAAAUAAAAACGUGGAAUAUAUAUUUAUGUAUAUAUGCGCUUAUAUACUUUUACAAAAAAUACAUGGUAAUUUGUAAAUGCAACGAAUAUCCUUUGCGAGCUGAGAACAGUCAGUAUGAAAAAUAACAUCGCUUCGCGACUCGUAUCAUAGAUUCAUGAAUAUAUAUUGUUUUUUUCACACAUACGUCUUCUCCUCGAUUCGCAUACAAUCGUAAUGCUUAUCACUCUCGUUGGUUUGCAAUUUUGCUGUCAAUGUAUGAGCACGAAUUUUCUUAUUUACAACGAAGAUCGAGAAGAUCUUUGGAUAUAUUUUUUUUCCUCUCUGAAAAGCCGACUCGCCGCUAAAAAAUAUAUUGAAAAUCAGGCUUUAUUACAAGUUCGAUCAAGUGCCGUACGAAGCUUCAAAAGCAGCUCAUCGCUUACUGAACAACUGAUAUUACAAAUAUACGCGGUGAACGAACUGACAUCCUUUUUAAUACGGUUAACGUAUAUUUUGUUACAUCCUAAACAAUAUUAUACGAAUAUAAUCAUAUCGUCUUAACUAUAUAUAAGUUUCAAUAUUAUACCUUAUUCGUGUGCGACAGAACUUCUACCACGGUAACAAAUUUUUUUUUCUCAUAACUCUGUUGGUUAUGUAAACAAUGCUUGAAUACAUUUAAAAACGAGUUUCCUUUCGAGGUCGCAUAAUGUAUAAUGUAAUAAUAUUAACGAUUAAAACUCUUAUUCAAUGAAUACAUACUUUAGGAGAUACGAUCAUGAUUAUAGAAUUCGUGCUUUUUUCUUCGUGAAUGCUUUUAUUGUUGUCGUGAAACACUUUUCUUACAAUACUAGGAGGCAAAGUUGAAAA